UUUGGUAUAACAAACAAACCCAAGAAAGGAAAGAUUUGCAAAAUUUAAGGAAAGAAAUGAAACAGCACCACAAGGCGACGGUGGCGCUUUGUGGAAUAUGGGCGGCGACGCUUCUUUACGGUGAAAUGUUUUCAUUUUGGGUACCUUCUUCUUGGUCGUGUUCUUCUUGGCCUCAUCUCCAAAAAUCUUCAUCUCUCAAUUCUACGAUAAAUGGAGUAGGAAAUUAUGUAAAAGUUGCUGUUAUAGCUGACCCACAGAUUAUGGACAGAACCUCGCUUCGUUUACCUCCAAAAUCGUUUGCUUUGGAGACAGUGCAAUUUUAUACUGAUUUAUACAUGCGCAGGGCUUUCCUCAUGUCUAUCCUGCCUUUGGAACCUGAUGUGAUUUUGUUUUUGGGUGAUUAUUUUGAUGGAGGCCCUUAUUUAUUAGAUCAAGAAUGGCAGGAAUCACUAUGGCGCUAUAGGCAUAUCUUUGGAAUGGAUGCAGAAGGAAAAUAUGCAGAUAUGCAGGUGUACUCCAUUCCUGGAAACCAUGAUAUUGGCUAUCCAAGCAUCAAUUCUCAUAAACCAGAGGUGGUGAGACGCUAUGAGGAAGGGUUUGGAGCUAGAAACUUUCGGUUUACAAUUGGAAAAGUGGAAUUUAUUGCUGUCGAUGCUCAGACUCUUGAUGGUGACCCACAGGGAAAUAUUUCUUCCAUGACAUGGGAGUUCUUAAAGAAUGCCUCUAAGGACACACAGCAAAUUCCAAGGGUUCUACUGACCCAUAUUCCAUUGUAUCGGCGGGAUAAUACUGAUUGUGGCCCUCACCGUAGUUCCCCAAUUGUAAAUCAGCGAAUUUCACAUUCUCCUCAUAGUCAAGAAAUAGCGUACCAGAAUUAUGUUACUGAGGAGUCAUCGAACAAAUUGCUGGAGUUGCUCAAGCCUGAACUUAUUUUAUCAGGACAUGAUCAUGACCAGUGUACUGUGAUACAUAAGUCAAAGUCUGACCCCAUAACAGAGCACACUGUAGGGACCAUAAGCUGGCAGCAGGGUAACCUGUAUCCAUCUUUCAUGCUAUUGUCUGUUAGUAACGCUGCAAAUGCAAAUCAAACCACUGCAGAAGAUGCAUUACUUUCUCAACUUUGCUUUCUUCCGAUGCAAACACACAUUUAUAUAUGGUACGCGGCCCUCUUCGUUUUAACACUUCUGACUCUCCUCUUCUGGCCAACCAGCGGCAUAAGUUUUGAGCGUUACUCGAGUGGUUUUCUGGCAUGUUUCAGAUUUUACAGUAGCAUGUUUAGAGGAGAGACAAAAGAGAAAAAUGAAGAUGAGCAUUUCGAGUAUGAGGAGAUGUGGGAUGCGGAAGGAACCAUGCAUCUCGUGAAGAAACCUCUGAAUAUCCCUAUUUCACGUCUCGGUGAUAAUGCUUCAGUGGAGAGGGGUAAUGCUGUGAUGCGGCCAACAGCAAGAAAAAACAUUACCCCGGAAAUGGAGAUAUCGGUGAAUAUUGAUGGAAAUAUGGAUCCAAACAUAAAAUUGAGCCAUAAGACAAGCAAAUCAAUGACAAAGAUCAUUAUCCAGAGACUAAUCAGGACCGUCUGUAUGGUUGUGGUCAUUGCCGCUGUAAAUGUACCCAUAUACAUGAUGUUGCUCUUCAAAGAUUGGAUUGACCUGUGACAUUUAAAAAUAGCGCACAAUGAAGUGAUUAAACUUCAUCGGGUUUAUUGCUUCAGCUCCUCAUUUGAAGUUCAAGUGUUUUAUCUCAGUGCACUGCACCAUUCUGAGAAAUCUGCGGCAGUUCAGUUUUAAAACUGACGAGCAGGAUCGCCUGUGAGAUAAAUGUAAGUUUAUCUUCGUCUUGGAUAAUUGGAACUUGAAAUUGUCCUGAUCAUGAAUCCUUAGAAGAACUUCAUGCCAUGAUUAGUUGAAACGUGAAUUUUCGGAGGGCAAAAACCAUAUGCGCAGAGCUUCAAUUCAUCAUUUUCAUGUCCUGAUUUCGCAUGUAUUGUUGACUAAUGAGCUAUCUUCCACAGAAACUUAUCAAAGCCCAAUAUUUCAGCGUUUCAUUUC